AUGGCCGUGACAGCUCCAUCCGACGCACCCAAGGUUAUCACCUUGACCAAUGAAGAGCGAGACAGCGGUGUUAUGAGCGACAAGAAGCUCUAUGACGCCAUUGAUGCUUUCUACACAGAUGGUCUGGUUGUUGUUGAGAAUGCCAUCGAUGUCGCACUCAUUGAUAAGCUCAACAAGAGGAUGCUUGAGGACACCGACAAGUUGUUGAGUGGAAAAGGCCAAGUACACUUCAAUCAUUUGAACCAGAACGCUGCCACCAAGGGAGCUGCGGCUGGCGGAAACCUGUCACAAGUCCCACCUCUGGAGAAGGAGUGGCUUUUCCCUGAGGUAUACGCGAACAAGCAUGGUGCCCGUAUUGUCUCCAACAUUCUAGGGCCUCGCCCCGAAGUCCACUUCAUCCGCUCAAAUACCCUGCUUGCCACUGAUGAACGCCAAAUGGUCCAUUCUGAUAUUCGUUUUGAGCACCCUGAACAUCCUUUUGCUAUCGCAUUUAACACUUGUCUCGUCGAUGUUGGACCCGAGAACGGCUCAACUGAGCUAUGGCUGGGAACCCAGAACACCAACAUUAACGACCACCGGGAGAUUGGAGAGCCCAUGAUUGCAGAAGAUAAACUCGAGGCCAGGAGGAAAGUCAGAGGUCCUAUAUAUCCGAGGCUUAAGAAAGGGAGCAUUGUCCUCAGGGACUUGAGAUUAUGGCAUGCCGGUAUGCCGAAUCCCACACAAGAAACUCGAAUCAUGCUUGCCAUCGUUUACUAUGCAGCUUGGUACAAGAACAAGGUGGUAACCCCUAUGCCCGAGUCUCUCCGCCCCACGGUUGAGGCUUUAGAAGAGUAUGGUCAGACUAAGAUCGCUGUCGACUGGGUGCCUGACGAAGGCUACAAUUAUCUCAACAUCAAGUUCAGCAACAACUUCAGCUCUAGUCUCACACCAUGGGUAUGGGAGAGAAUUCAACAUGUACCAACGGUCAAGGGCUAUUAG